AUGGCCCUUUUCUACCAUGGACUUAACCAGACUGAACUUGCUCUUCGCCACAUGUCCCGAGCACUACUACUACUUAACUUGUCAUCUGGUCCAGAUCACCCAGAUGUUGCAGCAACCUUUAUAAAUGUUGCAAUGAUGUAUCAAGAUAUUGGAAAGAUGGAAAUAGCACUUCGUUAUUUGCAAGAAGCCUUGAAAAAGAACGAGAGACUCCUGGGUGAAGAACAUAUUCAAACUGCUGUGUGCUAUCAUGCUUUGGCCAUUGCAUUCAACUGCAUGGGUGCUUUUAAGCUUUCUCACCAGGCAUGUAAUGAAAAGAAGACUUAUGAUAUACUUGUUAAACAACUUGGUGAGGAAGAUCCUAGGACACGUGAUUCUCAGAACUGGUUGAAAACAUUUAAGAUGCGGGAAUUGCAGGUGAAUGCGCAAAAGCAGAAGGGUCAAGCUUUGGAUGCAGCUUCUGCUCUAAAGGCUAUUGAUAUCCUGAAGGCCAAUCCAGAACUAGCACAUGCAUUUCAAGCUGCUGCAGCAGCUGGAGGUUCUGGAAAUUCGGGUAACAAAUCACUUAAUGCAGCAAUAAUGGGAGAGGGACUUCUGCGAGGCAGGGGAGUUGAUGAAAGGGCAGCCCGAGCUGCUGCAGAGGCGAGGAAGAAAGCUGCUGCAAGGGGCCUCUUAAUCCGCCCACAUGGAGUUCCUGUUCAGGCACUACAGCCGCUGACUCAGCUCCUGAACAUGAUUAACUCAGGGAUGAUCCCUGAUGCUGCCAAAAAUACGGAAGCUGAUGUUUCAAGGAAAGAUGCUAACGGUCACGCUUUAAGUGGACCGGGAGAGACCAGAGAGGACAAUUCCGAAGAAAGGCAACAAGAUCAGGCCCCUGUUGGAUUAGGCACAGGCUUGAUUGCAUUAGAUGCUAAGAAGCCUAAAUCGAAGUCUAAAGCCUUAUCCUAA